ACACACUGAAAUUUUCCCUCGCCAGGGUUCCUCCCGGAACCUGACCCUGUGACCUCUGCUCAGGUUGGUGCUGAGUUUUGCCGGCGAUGUCUUCAUCGUCGUCGUCUUCGUCCCCCCGAGUGUUGCUGUCCGGGGACGUCCUAGGCCGUCUCCCCAUUCUCUUCAAGCGAGUCUGUGCGGUGAACAAAUCCAAUGGGCCCUUCGACUUUCUCCUCUGCGUGGGGCAGUUCUUCCCGGACGACCCUGAGCUCCUUGGCGAGUUCAUGGACUUCGUCGAAGGCCGCCGCGAGGUCCCCAUACCGACCUACUUCAUCGGCGACUAUGGCGUUAGUGCUGCGAAGAUCCUCGCAGCUGCCACUAGGGACCCAGCGAACUUGGGUUUCAAAACCGACGGUGUGAAGCUCUGCGACAAUCUCUACUGGUUAAAAGGAAGCGGGCGAUUCGUUCUCCACAAUCUAUUUAUAGCUUACUUAUCUGGAAGAUGUUCAUCCAAGGGUCAGCCAACUGGGGUAUAUGGUGAAGAUGAUAUCGAUGCCUUGCGAGCUUUAGCUGAAGAACCUGGCGUCACUGAUCUGUUUCUAACCAAUGAAUGGCCAAGAGGUAUUUGUAAUGGAGCUGAUACUUCCAGUGCUUUGCCUGAUGUCUUAUCAUCUGCAGGCACUGACGCAAUUGUGUCUGAGUUAGCUGCAGAAAUUAAGCCUCGCUAUCAUAUAGCAGGUACGAAAGGUGUGUUUUAUGCACGAGAGCCAUACAGUAAUAAUGCAGCUGUGCAUGUCACAAGAUUUCUUGGCCUUGCAGCUGUUGGAAACACCUCUAAACAGAAAUUUAUACAUGCACUUUCUCCUACCCCUGCAUGUAAAAUGUCCGAUGCUGAAAUUCGCACUGCUCCUCCAAAUACUACAUUAUCACCAUACACUGUUGCUGAACCACAAAAUAUUUGUGUGAAAGAACUGGAGAGACCUAGAGAUGAUGCUCAGCAUUGGCGGUAUGAUGUUUCCCGUAAGAGGCGUAGAUCCGACACUGAAGAUGGUAAAAGAGUCUGUUUCAAUUUUGUUUCUACAGGGUCAUGCUCUCGAGGAGAGAAGUGCGACUUCCAUCAUGAUGUGGAAGCUCGAGAACAAUUUUUUAAAGGUGCAUGCUUUGACUUCAUUAUCAAAGGAAAGUGUGAACGGGGUCAAGAAUGCAAAUUUCGCCAUAGCUUAUCUGACGAAAAUCCAAGGCAUGGUGAUCAUGCUGAUACUGGAGCAAAAGGUGGGCGCUUGAGUAGUCAGUCAAGUCAUUGUUGGUUCUGCUUGUCAAGCCCCAAUUUGGAAUCACACCUUAUACUUUCAGUUGGAGAUGCCUUCUAUUGUGCACUGGCCAAGGGCCCAUUAGUUGAAGACCAUGUGCUUUUAUUACCAAUUGAACAUGUUCACAAUACUCUGUUAGUUCAUGAAGGUGCUGAGGUAGAACUUUUGAAGUUUAAAAGUGCAAUUAAGGCAUAUUUCCGGAGUCGGGGCAUGGCGUUAAUAGUGUAUGAGUUCAUCUCAAAUCCCAGUAGAACAACUCAUGCUAACCUUCAGGCGGUUCCUCUGCCAUUAUCUAAAGCAUCGGAGGUGCGGCAACAUUUUAUUUCAGCUGCAAAAAAAUUAGGGUUUGAGUUUUCAGUUCACAUGCCAACCUCCGAGGUUGAUGCUAGACAAGAAUUGAGGUCACAACUUGACAGAAGCUCAAGCUUCUUUUAUUUAGAACUUGCAGAAGGUUCAAUACUCUCCCAUUCUAUUGGGGACAAUGAGAAAUUCCCUGUCCAAUUUGGUCGCGAGGUUCUAGCAGGCGUGCUGAACCAGAAAGAUAGAGCUGAUUGGAGGAAAUGUAAACUUAGCAAAGAUGAAGAAAUCCAGAUGGCUGAAGAUUUCAAGAAGGGAUUUGAGGAAUUUGAUCCAAACCGAUGAGUCAUGGAGAUCAAAAGGCCAACGAGGUUGUGAUUUAUGGUUCAGCUGAACAGCAAAAGACCAGUAUUACCAUCUGCUUUUUGCGUUAUCAGUUUUGGUCCCAUUCCUUUGUUUUGCCUCGCAUACGAGGUUCAAAUUUGAACUCCCACUAUAAUAAUAGUGCAUCCUAGCAAUCCAGGUUUCCCGCUUGUAUCUUCAGCUGUACCUUGUGAAGUUCAUAUUUUGUAAUCUCCCGUACCUUACUGGACAUGGCAAACGACAACAGUAAUCUGCUGUUUGCAUCAAUUCCUGUGGUUUUACAUCUUUAUUCAAA